UACUGAUCAGAAAACUUUAUGUAGUAUGCAUAAAAUAAAUCAUAAUUCAUCGUUAUUAUACAUAAACAGUCUGAAUUGUUCAGUCGAUUGGAAAAAUGAACAAAAUUCAAUGUUUCAACUAAGUACAUUGAAGUUUAAUGACACUGAAACGAUACUUAUUCGACCAAAAAGUGAUGACGAUAAUAUUGUAGGUGAUUCUAAGCCAGAAGCUAAAUAUUGCUCUUCUUAUGAACGUACUUUGAAUAGUAUGAGACAGCCAUCAAGAAACUCUCAUCAAAAUAAUGACUUUUUUGAUCUCCGUUCACCAAUUUUCGAAAUUGGAACUAACAGUUGUGGGAUACCUGAUCCAUUUAUAUCAUCCAAUUUAAAAUGUAACAAUAAUGGUAACAAUCCACCUGCUAAAUCAUCAGACUUAAACUCGUAUAUAAGUGACCAUCAUCAUCAGUGCCAGUGUGAUAUGUCAUCUACUGUAUGGGAUAAGUGGUCGUUUUUAUCCCCAAUCAAUAGUUAUCAUGCCAAUUCAGAUUGUAUUAUAGCAACAACAAAAACUGUCCAGCCAGUAGGAAAAUCAGACGCUUUAGCUGAAUUUGUUGAUAUGUUUAAAAAAAAAAGAAUAAAACUUGGCAUAACACAAGCUGAAGUAGGACGUGCAUUGGGCACACUAAAUUUAAGUGGUUUUGGUUGUUUAUCACAGUCGACAAUAUGUCGGUUUGAAUCCUUGUCAUUAUCACAUAAAAACAUGCUGGCUUUAAAACCUGUUUUAGAAGUAUGGUUACAACAAGUGGAAGGUGGUUUAUGUGUAAAUCAAGAACAUCGCCUACAAGAAUCACAUAACUAUUUUAAUUGUACACCUACUGGUUCCACUGACUCAUUCAGGAAUUCCUCAACUAAGUCUCCAGUUUUCUUACCAUUUACUCCAUUAAAGAAAUCUGUAGAGAAUCAACGUCGUAAACGUACAUGUAUCAUGGGUAAAGAAAAAUAUAUCCUUGAAUCAUUUUUUAACGCAACAGACUGUAGACCAACCUCAGACCAAAUGAAUGAAUUAGCUUUACGAUUGAAUAUGCCAAAAAACGUAAUACGUGUAUGGUUUUGCAAUCAACGUCAAAAACAUAAACGUCUUUCCAAAUUAUUACCGAAUUCUUUACUUGAAGGCAAAUAAUUUUCAUCAUCAUAAAUGGUUACCAAUAUUCAGCUGUUUUCAUUAAAAACGUUUAUAUUUUUUUCGUUUACAUAAUAUCAGCUACUAAUAAGCAGUUUAGAUCUGUCACAUAAACUCUUUUUUGAUAUUUAAUAAUUAUUGGAAUUCUAAUCAUUUUUUUGUCACA